AUGGGUGGAAGUUCCCUCCAAUUUCUCCGCACUCUUAUUCUCCUUCUAUUGUGCAUGAAACCAGCUACUGGAAAUAAUUUGGGGUUAGCAGAUACUCACCUUGUCUGCAAAGAGCAUGAGAGACAAGCUCUUCUCAAGAUUAAAUAUGACCUUAUUGAUGACUAUGGCCAUCUUUCUUCUUGGAACUCCAAUCAAGAUUGUUGCAAAUGGAGUGGGGUCAGGCGUAGCAACCAAACAGGCCACGUCAUCAUGCUCAAUCUCAAUGCCUCAUCCAUUCCCUUAAGGCAUUUGCAAGUACUACAGUGGUUGUUCAAAUCCAACACUAGUGUUGUUGAACUUGAUUUCUCUUUUAACCAAUUUCAAGGUUUAAUUUCGAAUGCUUUUAGCAGAAUAAACUCUCUUGCACAUCUCUAUCUCAGUUCUAAUGAGUUUGAAGGUGAGAUACCAAAAGCCUUUGGUGGUAUGUGUAAUUUGAAAACGUUAAAUCUAUCUAGGAACUAUCUCAGUGGACAGCUUCUUGAUUUUAUUCUUAAUUUGACCGAGUGUGGAAACCACUCAUUAGAGGUUUUGAAUUUAAAGCGAAAUCAAAUCUUGGGAUCGUUACUAGAUCCCACAACAUUUCCAUCAUUGAGAGUAUUAUCGCUUUCUCAAAAUCAUUUGAAUGGGGCAAUACCUGUAAGUUUGGGAAAACUAUCCAACCUAGAGGGUCUGUAUCUUCGACAUAAUUCAUUGGAAGGUGUUAUUUCUAAAGCCCACUUCUCAAAGCUCACGAAAUUGAAAAAAAUCCCAACAAGCCCUCAACUUGAUACCUUUAAUGCAUCCUCAUAUGAGGGGAAUGCCCCGCUUCCAAAGAAAUGUCUGGGCGAAGAAAUAGCUCAAAAUCCAACUAUGAACAGGAGCAGAGAACAUGCUGGCAUGCAAGAUGAGAGAGAAGGGUUUAUAUCCAUAGGAUUUUAUGUUAGUGUGGCCCUUGGAUUUAUUGCGGGUUUCUGGGGAGUUGUUGGCACAUUAGUACUGAAUAUGUCACUGCGAGUUGCAUAUUUCAGGUUCUUGAAUGAUUUCAAAGAUAGGCUAUAUGUGGCAAUAUCAGUGAAUAUGGCCAGAGUUCAGAGGCAGCUUCAAAACUAA